GGCACAGGACGGUCCCAGUAAAAAUUUGGCAAACCAGGGAGGUUUGGGGGUCCAAUUUGGGGUCCCAGGGAGGUUUUGGGGUCCCAAAUUGGGGUUCCAAAGAGCUUUUGGGGUUGAAUUUGUUGCCACAGAGUGGUACCAGGGAAUUUUGGGGUCCAGUUUGGGACCCCAGGGACCUUUUGGGGUCCAGUUUAGGAUCCCAAGGAUCUUUUUGGGGCCAAAUUUGGGCUCCCGGGCACUUCCCAGGCUCCAAUUUGGCCCCUCAGCACCCCCAAAACCCCCAACCCCCCGCAGCGCCCGGGGGUAUUUCAGGACCACCACCCCCCACCCCCUCCCCAUCGCACCAGCACCCAAUUAAGCCCUUUUAGGGUGGGGGGGGGGGCCCUGAUACCCCCUGAUCCCCCACCCCAACCCUGCUAAUCAGGGCUCGGGGGCGAUUAAGACCCCCCGAAAGCCGCUUGCCGAGCGCCUAAGCCCGGCUUGGCCAGCGCCGGCUCCCGGAUGAGCCGGGCUCAGCCGCGCUUUACCUCCUGAGCCCCGAUUAUUGGGGGGGGGUCCCAUCCGCCCCCCGCCCUAUAAAAGAUCCGCCCCGUCGCCCCCCACCCGCCCGUCCGUCCGCGGUGUCGCCGUCACCGCCAGCAUGCAGAAGUCGCGGGAGAUGCGGGACGAGCUCCCCGAGGAUUUCUACAUCCCCAUGACCCUGGAGACCCCAAACCUGACGGCGCUGAGCCCCUUCCUGGUCCCCCAAACCCACCUGGGCAGCCCCGGCAUCUUCAAGGCCAUGGCGGCCUUCAUGUUCCUGCUGGUCGCCCUCGGCGUCCCCAUCAACGCGCUGACCGUGGUGUGCACGGCCAAGUACAAGAAGCUGAGGUCACACCUGAACUACAUCCUGGUCAACCUGGCGGUGGCCAACCUGCUGGUGGUGUGCGUGGGCUCCACCACGGCCUUCUACAGCUUCUCCCAGAUGUAUUUCGCCCUGGGGCCGCUGGCCUGCAAGAUCGAGGGGUUCGCCGCCACGCUGGGCGGGAUGGUGUCCCUGUGGUCGCUGGCCGUGGUGGCCUUCGAGCGGUUCCUGGUCAUCUGCAAGCCCCUGGGCAACUUCACCUUCCGGGGUAGCCACGCGGUGCUGGGCUGUGCCAUCACCUGGAUCUUCGGCCUCAUCGCCUCCGCGCCCCCCCUCUUCGGCUGGAGCAGGUACAUCCCCGAGGGGCUGCAGUGCUCGUGCGGCCCGGACUGGUACACGACGGAGAACAAAUGGAACAACGAGUCCUACGUGAUUUUCCUCUUCUGCUUCUGCUUCGGCUUCCCCCUGACCGUCAUCAUCUUCUCCUACGGGCGGCUGCUGCUCACCCUGCGCGCGGUGGCCAAGCAGCAGGAGCAGUCGGCCACCACGCAGAAGGCGGAGCGCGAGGUGACCAAGAUGGUGGUGGUGAUGGUGCUGGGCUUCCUGGUGUGCUGGCUGCCCUACUGCGCCUUCGCGCUCUGGGUGGUGACGCACCGGGGCCACCCCUUCGACCUGGGGCUGGCCUCCAUCCCCUCCGUCUUCUCCAAGGCCUCCACCGUCUACAACCCCAUCAUCUACGUCUUCAUGAACAAGCAGUUCCGCUCCUGCAUGCUCAAGCUCGUGUUCUGCGGCCGGAGCCCCUUCGGGGACGACGACGACGUGUCCGGCUCGUCCCAGGCCACGCAGGUGUCCUCGGUGUCCUCCAGCCAGGUGUCCCCGGCGUAGGGCCCGGCCCCACCACGGGGCUGCCCCACGGCUCUGCCCCACGGCUCUGCCCCGCCAUGGGGCUGCCCCACAGAGGGCCCGACCCAGCCAGGGCUGCCCCACACCGGGCUCGGCCCUAUAUCAUGCUCAGCCCUAUAUCGAGCUCUGCCCCACAUUGAGCUCUGCCCCACACCGGGCUCGGCCCUAUGUCAAGUU